AUGGCUGAAAGUGGAAGUGGAACAAGUGGCUCUUCCAAUAUGGGAGGAGUAACAAAUGUAGCCUCUUUGCCUCCAGGAGAUCCCCAACUUAUUGCCUUGAUUGUCGAGCAGCUUAAGAGCCAAGGACUUUUUGAUGUAUUCCGAAGAGAUUGCUUGGCAGAUGUCGACACCAAGCCAGCCUACCAAAAUUUAAGGCAAAAAGUGGAUAAUUUUGUUUCUACUCACCUAGAUAAGCAGGAGUGGAAUGCAGGAAUGAACAAGAACCAACUCCGUAACGGGCUGAGACAGAGUGUCGUCCAGACUGGGAUGAUGGAAGCUGGAGUAGAUAGAAUUAUUUCACAGGUGGUAGACCCUAAACUCAAUUACAUAUUUCGGCCACAGAUAGAAAAGGCUGUUCAUGAAUACUUAGAGUCUCAGAAGAGAGAAGAAGUUGUGCCAGCUCCUCCGCCGCCUCCGCCACCUCCAGAACCAGAGGAGAGUGACCCUCCUGUACCAUCUGAAAGUGCCUCUUAG